AUGAACCAUCGUGACUACACCAGCCCGUUCCUGUUUGCUGUCUUCAUCUUCAUAAGUUUGCAUGCCUCGUACCUCACUUUUGCAAACAUGGCGAUCGUGAACAUGCUUGGUACUAUUGCUGGUGAGCCCUUGCACUCUAGCUCGAUCAAAGCCGCUGUUGUUAUCAAUGAGCCUCAAGUGUCCAAUUCUGUAGGUGGCCUUCCUAAUGUGCGCAUCUGGAAUGAAGUUGGGGGUUUGUUUAUAUUACUGUCGACCUCGGAAGAGUACAAGCAGGCAAUAUUGGUGAAAUCAAAGUCGAGCAUGACAAUCAAGGGGUAUAGUCCGUACAGGUUUUUCCCAGGACACGAUGAUGAUAUAUGUAUUGCCUGGGUGUCGACCACAUGGACGGAUGACUGCGGCGGCAACAAGAAUGCAGUCACAGGCGACUUCAUCGAGUCCUACAGUGGUGUUCGGUUCCCAAGAAGCCUAUACAUCAGCGAUAAGGUGGACCAUCACCCCAAUCGCUUCUGGCUUAAUAAGAAUGGGUCAGCCGAAAACUUGACUCCAAGUGCAUUGGCCUGGAUACUCCGAAAAUCAAGACUCUGCAAUAAUAUUAACUUCGGGCUACGCGAGAAAGAUUACCCUAUCUCAAUCAAUGAAUAUCCCCAGGCAUGUCGUUCUACCAUUCGCCGCCCUGGGUGGGUCAGCCCUGAGCUUUUUACUGUAUUAGAGCAGCCAUGGAUCCUUAAGCAGCUGUUUUGCCGUGCUGCGUUCCUCCGGCAGCCACUUGAGCAUCGAUCUCAUAAAUCGAAUAAACGAUUCUUUCUCUUGUCCUGA